GGCCGGAGAACAAGGGAGCUGGCGUCCCGGCCGGCGGCCAAGCGGGGCUGAGCAGCGGGCCGCGCCGAGCGCCGAGCGCCCAGCUCCCCGGGAGAGGCCCGGCCCCGCUGCCCAAGCAGGCCGCGCGCCGCGGGGCCGAGGCCGGAGCCAUGGGCGAGACCAAGAUCAUCUACCACCUGGAUGGGCAGGAGACGCCGUACCUGGUGAAGCUGCCCCUGCCCGCCGAGCGCGUCACCUUGGCGGACUUUAAGGGCGUUCUGCAGCGGCCCAGCUAUAAGUUCUUCUUUAAGUCUAUGGACGACGAUUUUGGAGUGGUGAAGGAAGAGAUCUCCGAUGACAAUGCAAAGCUACCCUGCUUCAAUGGCCGGGUGGUGUCCUGGCUGGUAUCUGCUGAGGGCUCGCACCCAGAGCCAGCCCCCUUCUGUGCCGACAACCCGUCAGAGCUGCCCCCUUCAAUGGAACGCACAGGAGGCAUUGGGGACUCUCGACCCCCAUCUUUUCACCCUCACGCUAGUGGAGGCAGCCAGGAGAACCUGGACAAUGACGCGGAGACUGACUCCCUGGUGUCUGCCCAACGAGAGCGGCCCCGACGGAGGGAUGGCCCUGAGCACGCAACCCGGCUCAAUGGGACUGCUAAGCCGGAGCGGCGACGGGAGCCUGGUGGCUAUGACAGCUCAUCUACCCUCAUGAGCAGUGAGCUGGAGACUACCAGCUUCUUUGACUCAGAUGAGGAUGACUCCACCAGCAGGUUCAGCAGCUCCACGGAACAGAGCAGUGCCUCACGCCUAAUGAGAAGACACAAGCGGCGGCGACGGAAGCAGAAAGUCUCCCGGAUUGAGCGGUCUUCGUCUUUCAGCAGCAUCACAGACUCCACCAUGUCUCUCAAUAUCAUCACGGUUACUCUCAACAUGGAAAAGUAUAACUUCUUGGGCAUCUCCAUUGUGGGCCAAAGCAAUGAGCGAGGUGAUGGAGGUAUCUACAUCGGCUCCAUCAUGAAGGGCGGGGCUGUGGCGGCUGACGGGCGCAUUGAGCCGGGAGAUAUGCUGUUACAGGUAAAUGAGAUCAACUUUGAGAAUAUGAGUAAUGAUGACGCUGUCCGAGUACUUCGGGAGAUUGUACACAAACCAGGGCCUAUCACUCUGACUGUAGCCAAGUGCUGGGACCCAAGUCCUCGUGGCUGCUUCACAUUACCCCGGAGUGAGCCCAUCCGGCCCAUUGACCCCGCAGCCUGGGUUUCUCACACCGCAGCCAUGACAGGCACCUUCCCUGCCUAUGGCAUGAGCCCCUCCUUGAGCACCAUCACCUCCACCAGUUCCUCAAUCACCAGCUCCAUUCCCGACACAGAGCGCCUAGAUGACUUCCACCUCUCCAUCCACAGUGACAUGGCAGCCAUCGUAAAAGCCAUGGCCUCCCCUGAAUCAGGGUUGGAGGUCCGGGACCGAAUGUGGCUCAAGAUUACCAUUCCCAAUGCUUUUAUCGGCUCAGAUGUGGUGGACUGGCUGUACCACAAUGUGGAAGGAUUCACUGACCGGCGGGAGGCCCGCAAGUACGCCAGCAACCUACUGAAAGCUGGCUUCAUCCGCCAUACUGUCAACAAGAUCACGUUUUCAGAGCAGUGCUACUACAUCUUUGGUGACCUCUGUGGCAACAUGGCCAACCUGUCACUUCACGACCAUGAUGGCUCCAGUGGCGCCUCUGACCAGGACACACUGGCUCCUUUGCCGCACCCAGGGGCUGCCCCUUGGCCUAUGGCUUUCCCUUACCAGUACCCACCACCGCCUCAUCCCUACAACCCACACCCAGGCUUCCCAGAACUGGGCUACAGCUACGGCGGGGGCAGCGCCAGCAGUCAGCACAGUGAAGGCAGUCGGAGCAGUGGCUCCAAUCGAAGUGGCAGCGACCGGCGCAAGGAGAAGGACCCGAAAGCCGGGGACUCCAAGUCAGGUGGUAGUGGCAGCGAGUCAGAUCACACUACACGCAGCAGUCUGCGAGGGCCCCGGGAGCGGGCGCCAAGUGAGCGCUCGGGUCCAGCAGCCAGCGAGCACAGCCACCGCAGCCACCAUUCGCUUACCAGCAGUCUGCGCAGCCACCACACGCACCCGAGCUACGGCCCGCCCGGAGUGCCCCCUCUCUACGGUCCCCCAAUGCUGAUGAUGACCCCACCACCUGCAGCCAUGGGGCCCCCAGGAGCCCCUCCAGGCCGUGACCUGGCCUCGGUGCCCCCGGAACUGACGGCCAGCAGACAGUCCUUCCGCAUGGCAAUGGGAAACCCCAGUGAGUUCUUUGUGGAUGUGAUGUGAUCAGGGUCUCUCUCCCGCCCCACAACCCCCAGCCGGCUGCAUCCCUUUCUCCAUCAGUCGGUCUUUUUUUUUUUUUACUUUGGUACCUGAAAGGGAAAUAAAUGGAACUAACUGCUACUGCUUGCAGGUAGCAGCAAGGAUGAGGGAUCUCUGCUCAUCCAUGCUACACCCCUAACCUGCCUCUGGCCCAGCUGGUGCCUCUGCCCACUAACCAGCCCCCAUUCCACCCAAUUACGGGCUUCCCAGGAUUUUUCAUGUCCCUGGCUCUGCACCGCUGGUCUUCUUGAUGCUCUGCUCUCACACUUAGGAGCUGACCAGUGGUGCCACACCUUGUGCCCACUUCUCUCCCUUCGGUACCCUUCUGCCCACUUCCUCAAGCAUGUAUGCAGAGGUCUUGAUUCUACCCCACCAUAGUGACACCAGAAGUGGUCUCUCCCUAACCGUCCUGCCUGCUGCUUCAGUCCUUCACCCUCCAGCGGUAGCCACCUCUACUAGGCAUCUAUGCUGUCUGCCCCUGCUUGGACCCAGGCCCAAGAGAGCCCAGAGAGUCCCCUUCAGGUUCCAGGGCCACUUGUGGCUUCCAGGGACUAUCUCUGCUGGGUCUGGACCCCCAUCCAUGCCUGUCCUGUGUGCUGGUUCCCUCAGAUCUAACCCUACUAACCAACAGGCUCAUCUAACUUCUGGGCCUGAAACUUUUUUCUUCUUUUUUCUUCCUUCAAAUUUCCCUGGGCCUGGAGCAGCCAAGAAUUUCGGGCUCUUUGACUUUCUGUGAGCCCCCAGGAAAGGGAGGCCGUUCCUCCAAGGAGACCAGGAACUCUGCUUCAGCAGCUCCUCGGGCUUCCCAAGGAUGGCCAGGCCCCACACCCACACUGCAAGGUCACUAGGCUUCUGGGAAGAACCUCAGCCUCUUUCAUGCAUGACAGACUGUUCUUUCCAGAGAGAAGUAGAGAAGUUCGCUUCCCCCCCAACAUACACACACAUAGAUACACACUUGUGGCUCGUCGCACACACAUGCACACACACACGCCUAUGCAAGUUUACAUAAGCUUCAGGGCUGGUCCCUGCCUAGAGGGCUGGGCCCUUUCUCCGGUCAUCCUGAUAGCAGGGCUGGUCCCUGGCCGUCCCUCCUGCUAGCCCUCAGGCCUCCCACACAUGUUCCUAGUACCUUUGUACCUGGAGAAAGCCCAAAGCUGGGGCUCAACGAGGGCUUUCCGGACACCUGGCAGGUCACUCUUCCGCGCCCACAUAUCCUUACGCCCUGUUCUGCCUUCAUCUUCACCAUGAGAGCUGGGAACAGAGUCAGGAAGUGUAGACCACUUGAAGUUACGCAAGAAGACUGCUGGGACUUCCACACAGUUCCAGUUAUUUUUACAUUGCUUUUCCACCUUCCACCGUAGAUGACAAUAUUCUCUUUAAAGCUCUCCUAUAAACUCUACUGAUUUACCCAGACUCUUAUUUUCAGGGCAAAGGUAUCAGCUGGGGACAUAGCUCUGUAGUGGCGUGCUUGCCAGGUAUGCCCUGGGUUCAUCCCCAGCAAAUGCCUCCCCUACCAAGAUGCCCUUGGCCCUGGUCUGGGCAAACUGAGAUGGGGGAUAUUUUGACAUUCGUUCAUUUAACGAAUAUUUCCAAAGGGCUAUGUUAGAAGCAUGACUCGGCCUUCCCUGCCUUCGGGUCUCUCUGACUCUGCUUUGUCCUAUUCUCUUGAGAGCUCCUCCACAGCGCUCACGCAUGGGAUGCCCGGGUUUCCAUAGCCCAUCUUUGGCUCACUUCUCUUUCUUUCCCACUCCCGCAAUAGUGUUAUCCAUUCUCUUCUCAACUGCUGUUGAUAAUGCUGGCCAUUUCUAAAUCAGUAUUUUCAACCCCAGCUUCCCCCUCCUCUUUAGAUAUAUAUAUUUUUUAAUUGUCCACUGGACAUCUCCACAGGCAUGUCCAAGUAUUAUUUCUCUUGAAUUCCCAUCCUGGUGACCUUCAUUACAAUAUACAUGGGCCCACCAGCCAGAAACAUUUAUGGGCUUAAAUUCCUUCUUCCUACAUGGUAUUAGUCACCAUAUCACACCCUUCCAUUCUGACACUUUCUGAAGUUCAGCUGUUCCUUUCCCCUUCUUGAUUUACAGAGCAUGGGAUUUGGAGUCAGGUUGGUUUGGUUUUGAAUUCCAGCUCUAUCAUUUUUGGUUGUGUAAUAGAGUUAUUUAACCUCUCUGGAGCCUCAGUCCUCCCAUAUGUAAAAUGAUGAUAAUAAUACCUACCUCACAGGGUUGUUGUGAGGAUUUAAAUUAGAUAUUGUACGAAAAGUGCCCAGCACAGUGCCUGGCGCACAAUAGAGUAGGUGCUCAAUAAAUGGUAGCUAUUAUUAUUAUUA